GGAACUUUUGCACUUUCCUCCUUGGGAAGCAGUUAUCACUUGAGAUCUUGUUUUGCAGCACGGCCUUUAUCAGACUUGGGUUCUUUUUUCAUCAUGCUAGGGUUCACGUUUAGCUCUUUUGGGACUUUUUUUUAUUUUUAUAUUCGUUAUUUUCUUGUAUGUGUCUUUGCUUUGUGAUAUUCUCAUAACUAUAUCUGCAUUUCUUUGCCGUGUAAUAAUUUUAUCAAUGGAGAUUUUUAUCACUGUUAGAUCUACAUGUAGAGCAUCUCCGACGGUUGGAGCAUAAAUAUUUUUGGUUACGGUGUCGACGCUGGACCAGAAUGGUGCUGACGUCAGCAAUCAUAGCUCUGCAGUCUGCUCCACUCAAUCUACAUGAUCAUAAAUAUCUUUGUCCUCGUAUUCACUUAGGACCACACAGAUUCACAGUCAGAUGUCCUCACCUUCCUCUCCAGAAGGAGCAUGUCCGAGACUGGACGCAGCUCCCGCACGACGUCACGGCGUCGAUCCUCUCCCGUCUCGGAGCCGUCGACAUCCUCGAGACGGGUCAGAUGGACUGCAAGACGUGGCACAAAGUCUGCAAGGACCCUCUCAUGUGGCGUGUCGUCGAUUUCCGCUACGAUGAUUUGCACAGAGUCAAAGACUUGGCCAAGAUGUGCCGCCACGUCGUUGAUAGGAGCGCUGGCAAGUUGGCCAGUAUCAAUCUCGAUUUCUUCGCCUACAGUGAGCUCCUCAAGUACAUCACUGACAGUUCAAGUGAAAUCAAAUGUCUACGACUUGUGCGUUCCAAUAUAACAAGUGAGGGAUUGAGUGCAGUGUCUUCAAGACUUCCGCUGUUGGAGGAGCUUGAACUUUCACGUUGCCCGCUCUCACCUGAAACUCUAGAAGUGAUUGGGGCCUCUUGUCCUCUUUUGAAAUCACUGAAAUAUAACUGCUGGUGGUACAGUUUCGCCAGUCAGGUGUGGAACGCGCAUGCACUUGCCAUAGCAGGAACAACGCACAAUUUACGCCACCUCCAGAUUUUUGCCAAUAAGCUGGAUAACGAUGGCCUGCAGGCUAUACUUGAUGGUUGUCCUCUACUUGAGUCACUUGAUCUGCGCCAGUGUUACAAUCUUAAUCUGGAGGAAGAUAUGCAGAAAAGAUUGGCUGAACGAAUUAAAUUCCUACGGCUUCCUCAUGAUUCAACUGAUGAUUAUGAGUGUGAUGCUUCGAUUAUGCACUUACCAACUAAUGAUGAAGUCUUAGAUUAUGACCAAUUGUCCGCCAUGGAAGAUGAAGGUCAAUUUUUCCCCUGGAAUGGUGGCCAUGUUCAUGAGUUUGACGCUUUCUUUCAGUUUAUGGCUUGA